AUGUCAACUUUAUGUGGCACAGAGUUUGAGAUGGUGGUAUUCUCUCCAUCUGGCAAGGCUUUCAUCUUUAGCAACCCAGAUUUGAACACCGUCCUUGUACCAAAUACUUUGCUCAAAACCUCACACGUACCAGAAGCCAACAUCCAUGAAGUGCUUGUCCAUGCUCAUCGGGAGGCCAACAUGAGAAUGAUGACUGCCCAAAUCGAUAUCCUUGAAGCUCAAAUUGAUGAAGAAAUGUUAGACAAUCAAACUUUGAGAGAAGCUGAAAGAGGUAAACCAUCCAUGUCUAGUCUUCAAUUGCCUGAGCUACAAUCCAUGAAACACCGCAUGAAAAUACUCUAUUAUCAGUAA